GGGCGGGCGGCACCGGUGGGGGCAGAUCCAGUUCAAGCCCCUUCACUCUCCCCGCCACUCCCCGCGGCUCAGAGUAGCCAAAUUCUCACUCCCACCUUCACCUACUUCAGCGGGCCAAGGCCACCGCUCUCUGGCCAAGAGAGGGCUGCCCCCGUGGGGUCUUACCCGCGCGGACUGCUAGAAACCCCGAGAGGUGUUGUCUGCUUCAGUCCUGUUUGGGGAAGGGGGUGUGGCGGGGAAGGAUGCGGAGCUCUGUUCCCUUGCUCUGCCUCUGGAGCGUCUAUUGUUGCUUUGCCGCGGGAAGCCCCACACCCCCUGGUCCGGAGGGACGGCUGCAAGAUGAGGGCCACAAAUCCAGCCAUAUAGGGGUUUCUGCUAAACCUCCUGUAAGAUUCAACCUCCGCACGUCUGGGGACUCAGACCAUGAAGGAUGCUACCUGUCGCUAGGCCACAACCAGCCCUUGGAAGACUGUGGCUUCAACACGACCGCCAAAACCUUCUUCAUCAUUCAUGGGUGGACGAUGAGUGGCAUGUUUGAAAGUUGGCUAUACAAGCUGGUGUCAGCCCUGCAGACUAGAGAGAAAGAAGCCAAUGUCGUCGUGGUUGACUGGCUUCCCCUGGCCCACCAGCUUUACACAGACGCAGUCAAUAACACCAGGGUGGUGGGACACAAUGUUGCAAGGAUGCUUGAUUGGCUGCAGGAGAAGGAUGAUUUUUCUCUUGGCAAUGUCCACUUGAUUGGCUACAGCCUUGGCGCUCACGUGGCUGGGUAUGCUGGGAACUUCGUGAAAGGCACGGUGGGCAGAAUCACAGGUUUGGAUCCUGCCGGGCCUUUGUUUGAAGGGGUGGACAUCCACAAGAGGCUGUCCCCUGAUGAUGCGGACUUUGUGGACGUCCUCCACACCUACACACGUUCCUUCGGCUUGAGCAUCGGGAUUCAGAUGCCUGUGGGCCACAUUGACAUCUACCCCAACGGGGGUGACUUCCAGCCGGGCUGUGGGCUCAAUGACGUCUUGGGGUCAAUCGCAUAUGGAACGAUCACGGAGGUGGUGAAAUGCGAGCACGAGAGGGCCGUACACCUCUUUGUCGACUCCCUGGUGAAUCAGGACAAGCCGAGUUUUGCGUUCCAGUGCACGGACUCAAACCGCUUCAAAAAGGGGAUCUGUCUCAGUUGCCGGAAGAACCGGUGUAACAGCAUCGGCUACAACGCGAAGAAGACGAGAAGCAAGAGGAACAGCAAAAUGUAUCUCAAAACCCGGGCAGGCAUGCCCUUCAGAGUUUACCAUUAUCAGAUGAAAAUCCACAUCUUCAGCUACAAGACAAUGGGAGAAAUCGAACCCAACUUUUAUGUCACCCUUUAUGGCACAAGCACAGACUCCCAGCUUCUGCCUUUGGAAAUAGUGGAGCAGAUCGGGCUGAAUGCCACCAACACCUUCCUGGUCUACACCGAGGAGGACCUGGGAGACCUCUUGAAGAUCAAACUCACCUGGGAGGGGACAGCUCAGUCCUGGUACAACCUGUGGAAGGAGCUCCGCAGCUACCUGUCUCACUCCCGCAGCUCCGAGCGGGAGCUGAAUAUCCGGCGCAUCCGGGUCAAGUCUGGGGAGACUCAGCGGAGAUUAACUUUUUGUGCGCAAGACUUUGAGAACACCAGCAUCUCCCCCGGUCGAGAGCUCUGGUUCCACAAGUGUCGAGAUGGCUGGAGAAUGAAAAAUGAAACCAGGGUUCCCUACAGCCUUGCUAUGGAUCUUCUCUGAGGGGCCAGCCAGGCCCGCCCACCCCUACCUUCCAGGGACACGGAGGAAAGUUACAGCUGAGGAUGCCCCUGAUGGAAGGACCCCUCUUGGCCUGGACCCUCGAGCACCCGGAGGAGUCUCUUUGCUGGGCCCACGAUCUUACCUCCUAUGACGGUUGGGACUUCUCACCAGAGGGGACCACGCACUGCUGUUCCUGCUGUUUCCUGCUGCUCUAGAAUAGCUCUAACUCCAAACCUGUGUGCAAAGGGUCAAAGGCCCGGGGUCUCUUGUGCACACCGGACUGGUUUCUAAGGGACUAGAUGAGUCCGUGCUUUCCCUGAUACAGAACACUUGUGGAAGCACGUGGAAGGCUGUCAGCUGCCAGACCUGACCUGAGAGGUGGGGAGCGGUCGCUGUGCUGGGAGCUGACUCGUGUCUGGAUGGCAGACCUGUGACUUCGUUCAUCCAGAGAGAGCGGGUGACGAUCUGGGGUGGUGGCGAGGCCCUCACUGUUGGGGUUCCGUGGGCUGCCCUGAUCACUACUGGUUACGUUUCAGCCAUUCCGUCCUGCUCUCCGGCUCAUUCUCUAAAGCACACACCAUUGGCUUUCUCGGUUUUCUGUUGAUUAUUUUUUGAUUGGACAAAUGUUUGUUAAGCACUUAACCCUCAAUAGCACAUGGCAGGAGACACAUUCAUAAACCUCCCCAGACUUAGAAUCUGAGCGGGUUGGGAUUUCUAAACUCCCUUUCACUGUAGGUGAUCCAGGGGUAUACGUGCGAUGAGGGGCAUGAGGGACACUGCAGGGGGGCGGUGCUGGGGGCUACCGGGUGUGAGAGUUGGGGAUCCCAGGCGUUCAGGGAUUUCAGCCAGUUCGGGAAAAGCGACAUGUUUGAUCACUUGCAUGGGAGCAAGCAGAGUGCCGUACGUGCUGGGGACAGAAGGGUGGCCAGUCGCCAAAUGUGACGGCUUCAGAGCAGAAUCUCUUCUGCUUAGGAAGAUAGAAGGCAUUAUGGAUCUGUUCUACAGGUCCGUUCCUGCAGAAACCAGCCCCCGUGGAGCAGAGCCGGCACUAAGAUUUAAUAGAGCGCUUCCUCCUCCUUGGACUGCCUUCCUCUACCAACCGUGCCUUCUCUGUGUUGAGCACAGAAAAGCCUUCAAGUCCUGGUCUUAAUAUGAAUGAAUAGAUGUGAUAUCUGGGAAAGUGUUUUAUACUUUUCCAAAGAUUUGCAUGUGCAUCACCUAACUAGAGACUCACAACGGGAGGUGCAGGGCAGCUCAUGUCUCUGCUGGACAACUCUGGGGCUUCGCUUCCGGCCACAUGCCCGGAACUAUAUUCCAAGUUGGUGGUGGAGUCAGGGAUGACCCAGACUUCUGGGAGGCAAGUCCGUAGUGUGCUCAUUUCUGCCACUUGGUCAAGAGGUCCGUAGCCUUUUCCCACCAGUGUGCCCCAGAUGUGACGAGCAAGGAAUUGUUUUUUAGAGCCCUUCAUAAAAUCAUAAACCCUUUUAUUAAUAUAUAACCAGGAAAGCAACUGAAAGCCCAGAGGCUGGGCUUUUUAUGGAUGAGAUUUAUUUGGAGGGAUAUGUGAUGUCAGGUUGGGGGAGAAGAGUGAUUUUCUUUGUAUUGAGAUUGAGGUUUUUAAAGGACGUAGUUGUGCCAUCUAUCAUUCGUGUUGUGCCAAAGUUGUGUCAUUGGUCAAUGCCAAACUUCCGAAGACGUAACCAGUCAAGUCUGAAUUCAAGGUUGUUUUCUUAAAUUGUGUGCUUCCUCUGUUGCUUCUGUGAAUGGUUUCUAGCCAAAGUGGAGCCUGUGUUAUUGACUGUGUGUCCCGAUUACUCCUGACUUCUGUUUUUAGUAAUGAAAGCCUUAGGAAUCAAUUCCUCGGUGGGUCAUGUAUUUAUACAUUUGGCUUGAAGCCUUAUUUGUAUAUAAUGAUGCUGUUUUUUCUUUUUUUAAACACUUACAACACUAUUUAUUUCUCAAGUGUAUAUAAUGUAUAAAAACAAAUAUAUGGUUAGUUUUUAUUUUAAAAUUAACCAAUUUUGAGAUUGAAAAUUUUUAAUAGUAAAAUAAUAAAAAUCUAUACAAUG